AUGGCGGACUCGAUCACCGACAAGGAGAAGCAUCUGCCUCCACCAGCAUCACCGUCCGCAGAGCAAGGGAUAGGAAAGACAACCCAAGAAGUCACCCUGACGAAAGAUGGCUUCAGUGUCCAUCCGCAACCGGUCCAAGAUGACCCUAUGGAUCCUUUGAACUGGUCCGCGUUCCAGAAGAACACCAUCCUCGCCAUCGUGAUGGCACUAUACUUCAUGUUCACUUACAUCACGACGACAACCGUGCCAUCCUUCCCCGAACUGCAAGAACAAUACUCGCUCACCCUCGAAAUGGUGAACUGGACCGUCGCCAUCCCGGCUCUAGGCCUGGCCAUCGGCCCUCUCAUCUGGUCUUCGCCGGCAGACAUCAUCGGCCGACGGCCUAUCUUCAUCAUGGGCACCCUCGUCGCCUUCGCCGCGACCAUCGGCGCCGCCAAGGCCAGCACGUACGGAGGGUACAUGGCCGCACGCCUGUUCCAGGGCCUGGGCGUCAGUCCGGCCGCCACGGUCGGCCUGGCCAUCAUCAACGACAUGUUCUUCGAGCACGAGCGCGGGCAAAAGGUCGGGCUGUGGGUUCUGGCCAUCGAUCUCGGCCUCCUGACCGGUCCCCUCAUCGGAGGCUUCGUGGAUCUGGUUGAUCAUUACUGGAUCCAGUGGUUGACGGCCAUCUUCUUCGCCGCCAUCCUGGCCGCCGAGUUGGCUUUCCUGCCCGAGACGCUGUACCCGCGCGACUUUAUGCUUUCCAAGACGAAGGGUGUCGUGCCUGCCACCGGUAUGGUGGACGAGAAGACAUUGGCAACGGGGACGACGAGCACGGAACAUGUGGACGUGCCACGGACGAAGAAGCUGGGGUUCAUGAACAUGAAGCCGGUCCCGGCUAUGAAGCAUCCAAAGGCUUGGGACUCAAUCAUCAGGUUCGGGAAGUUGUUCAAGUUCCCCGUCGUACCCAUCUCAACGGGGGUGUACUGCUUCGGCUGGUACUGGUGGGUGUUGUCGGUGAUCACGAUGAUUCCUGUGGCGUAUGUGGACUACACGCCGCAGGUUCAGGGACUCUUUUUCAUCGGACUGAUCGUCGGCACCCUGAUCUCAGAGAUCUUCUUCUCCGGCAAGCUAAGCGACUGGCUUGUCAUCAAGCUCGCGAAGCGCAACGGCGGUGUCAAGACCGCCGAGAUGCGUCUCUGGCUCGCCUACCCCGCUGCUCUGCUUACUGCCAUCGGCCUCAUCAUCUGGGGCGUCAGUAUCGACAAGGCGUACCAUUGGAUGGUUGGACAGGUUGCUUUCGCCUUGUUCGGCGCCGGUAUCCAGAUGGGCAACACCGCCAUCUGCUCGUACAUCGUCGACGCGUAUCCGCUGCAGAGCAUGGCCGUAAUCACCUUCUACGCCGUGCUUCUCAACUUCAGCGCUUUCGUCGACCCGUUCUUCAUCGCACCGUGGGUUACCAGCGUUGGGUACACCUGGACGUUCGCCGGACAUGGUAUCAUCACGAUAUUCUUCUGCAUCCCGGCGCUAGCGGCGCUCCACUGGUUUGGCGGCUCGAUCAGGCAGAAGUGCGGAGAGCCCAACUGGGUGAACCCGGAAUACGACCACGACGUUGUGAGGGAAUUGUAA